AUGGUGAAAUCAUGCUUGGUAAAAACUGGCCAUGUGGAACCAGAAAUUAAUGAACCAAGAGUGUACAUAGUGAUGGAGUCAAAAGUGAAUGAAGGUGCUAGUAGUAGUGGUAAGAAAACUUUAAAAAGGAAGCAUAUAACCCUGACACUGAACCAGAAAUUAGAAAUUAUAAAGAUGCUAGAAAGAGGCAUAAAUCGGAACGUUAUCAUGAGUAAAUUUAACGUUGGAUCUUCGACAAUCUAUGACAUAAAGAAACAGAAGGAUAAAUUGCGAGCAUUAUUGCUGAAAGUGAAGCACCUACUAAACAAAAAGCAAAACAGAGCAUUUGUUGCUGAAAGUGAAGCACCUACUAAACGUACUGAGCUACGGCAAACUCUGAAAAUGCCUAAGAUGGCACAGUUGGAUGUAGCUUUGUUUAAGUGGUUUAGUGCAAAGCGUUCUGAAGGUAAGCCCAUUACUGGGCCAGUGCUCAUAGAAAAAGCAAAACAGUUUCACAGUCAAAUGAAUAUUAGUGAAUCAUGUGUGUUUUCAGAAGGUUGGUUGCGUAAUUUUAAGGAUCGGCAUGGGAUCCGUAAAUUAGAUAUCAGUGGUGAGCAAAAGUCUGCCAAUCAUGUAGCCGCUGAGGAGUAUAGUGCUAUUUUUGAGCAGUUGGUGGAGGAACACAGGUUGUCACCUUGUCAAAUGUAUAAUGCUGAUGAAACUGGGCUCUUAUGGCGUUGUUUGCCAAACUCUACUCUAGUUGGCGGUGGUGAAAAGGCUGCUCAUGGCUUCAAAAUGAACAAAGACCGCAUUACAAUUCUGGUAUGUGCAAAUAAUGCAUCUGGCACGCAUAAACUUAAGCUUGUCAUAGGGAAGUACAAAAAACCAAGGGCAUUUAAAACUCUUACGAGUUUGCCAGUGAUUUAUGAGGCACAGGGGAAUGCUUGGAUGACAUCAGAAAUCUUUAAGGACUGGUUUUUUAAUCAUUUUGUGCUCGCAGUUCAGGAGAAUUUUAGAAAGGAGGGUCUACCGGAGGAUAGUAAAGCUGUUCUUUUGCUCGAUAACUGUCGAGCACAUCCGCCCGCUUCAGAGCUUGUAAGUGGAAAUAUCUUCGCUACAUAUUUGCCACCAAACGUGACGUCUUUGAUCCAACCGAUGGAUCAAGGUGUGAUACAGAACUUUAAGUGUUUCUACAGGGGGACUUUUGUCCAAAAGACAGUAGUUGAUAUUGGGUUUCCAGGGUGCUGCUUUGUGGUACAGGAUGACAUGAAGACCAUUGUGUUGGUGCAGAACUAG